CUUAUCCACUAUAUCAACUUUCCCCUUAUACCAUUUGCAAUAGAAUUUCAAUCCUUCAACACCAUGAAUUCAACAAACCCCGAUCAGAAAUUUGAUCAGUAUGGCGCAGCAACCGGAGUCCCGGUGGCUCAAGGCUUUCAGCACCAACCCAGAUUGGGAGAUUGGUCUUCUGGGCUUUGUGACUGCUUUUCUGACUGCUCAAGCUGCUGCUUGACUUGUUGGUGUCCGUGCGUCACUUUUGGACGAGUUGCUGAGAUUGCUGACCAAGGAGAUACCUCUUGUGGUACAGCAGGAGUGCUUUAUUGUCUACUUGCUGCGGUGACCCGUUGUACCUUUUGCUACUCUUGCUUUUAUCGCACGAAGAUGCGGCAGCAGUUCAAGCUGGAAGAGAGCCCUUGUUGCGACUGCUUGGUUCAUUUUUGCUGCGAGUCCUGUGCCCUUUGUCAAGAAUAUCGCGAGCUCCAAAGCCGAGGAUUUGACAUGUCUAUUGGAUGGCAGGGUAAUGUUGAACGACGAAAUCGGGAAGUGGCCAUGGGAGCUGUUCCUCCUUAUGUGGAGGGUGGCAUGAACAGAUAGAAAAUCCGCGGUGGGAGAAAUGAAUUAUAUUUCUUAAGUUAAUGGAGAAGAAUAAGGAAGAAUUAAAAUAAAAUUAUAUUUACCUAAUUUUAAAUAUUUAAUCACAUAUUUAGAUGGUAUAUUUAUAUAUAAUUUGAUAAAUAUGAAUUAAAGUAUAUCAUUUAAAUAUUUGUUUAGAUAUUUAAAACUAAUAAUAUGUUGUAUUGCAUAUUAAAAAUUACGAGUAUUAAUGGAUUAAAGAGGUUGAAUGCAUUGAAAUUGUACAAAAUAGUCUAAGAUUAAAUUUUUAUUUGAUAUGUGGUUAAAUUUGUUUUACAUAUUUGAUGUAUGCAGAAGCGCUUGUUUAUCUAAAUCCGAAGAUAUUAUUUAAUUAUGAGUUGGUCCACAA